UAUGGAUAUAAAAAGAAGAAAUAUUUAAUAUUCAAAACCAUGUCCUGUUUAUCUUCUAGCCUCUCUUGGAUGUGUGACUACUCUCUUUAGUGAAAUGGUUUGUUAUCCACUUGAAGUCAUCAAAGUAAAGUUAUAAAUGAAUGGAACUUAAGGAUGUCCUAAGUACAAAUAUAUGAAAUAAUUCAUUUCACAAACUAAAUCUAUUCAAUUAUAUUACAGAGGAUUUGAUGCCCACAUCUUGAAAAUUAUACCCUAAUCCACAACAAAAAUAUUUGCUUAUGAAUUUAUUCAGACUGCCUUUACAGGAAAUAUUGUAGAAACUUCAUUUCUAAGAAAACUUUCAACUGCAGCUGCUGCUUAUGGUGUUGCAUUACUAACUGGAAAUAUGGGAGAUAUUUUUAGGAUUAGAUUAAUCAAUAAUCAAGAUCUAUCUUUAAUUUAAGCAAUUCAACAAUCAUAUAAAAAAACAGGUUUUAAUGGAUUUUUUAGAGGUUAUUGGCUUAACUUAAUUACUAUCACUUCAAUUUAAGCAAUAGAAAUCUCUCUCUUUUAGAAAUUUAAAAGAUUUUUUAUUCACAAUUUGGCUCUUAGUCAUAAUUCUAUAAUUACUGAUGCACUUACCAGUCUUAUUACAGGAUUAACAAGUGGAAUCUUGACUGCUCCAUUAGAUGGAUUCAAAACUAGAUAUAUGAAUCAAUUUAUUGAUCAAUAUUCAUAUUGGAAUACAUUUAUCAAUUUAAUAAAAGAAGAAGGAUUCUUAGCAUUAUAUAAAGGAACUUUCCCAUAUUGUAUUAAGUUGACUAUUGGAUCCACUUUUACCUUUGUCCUCUAUGAAUAAUUUAAAAAACAAAUUAUUUGA